AUGUCCAGACCCGAGCAUUCGCGAACCUUCUCUGCCACGAACCUGAGCAGCGGCUCGGGUUCGCGUGCACUGCAAGGACGAGUCGGCAUUGUUACUGGAGCAAGCAGAGGCAUUGGCGCCGCUAUUGCGCGCAACCUUGCCAGCAAGGGCCUGAACCUCGUCUUGAACUAUACGUCCGAUUCCUCCGAGAAGAUCACCCAGGAGCUCGCCGAAGAGCUGCAAUCCCGGCAUGGCGUCAAGGCCAUCAUCGUCCAGGCGAACAUGGGCGAUGAAAACGGUCCGAAGCACAUUGUAGAAGUUGCGAAGAACAACCUUUCUCAUCAAAAAACUGGCAAAUUCCAGAUCGAUGUCAUCAUCAACAACGCUGGUGUCGCGGGUAAUAAUAGGAUCGAGACAAUAAACUGCGAGGACUUUGCACGGCAGUACAACAUUAAUGUGCGAGGACCGUUACUCUUGCUGCAGGCCGCCUUGCCAUAUCUGCCCAACGAUCGAUCCGGCCGCAUCGUGAACCUUUCAUCUGUCAGUUCUUCGCUUGGAUACGUCAGCCAGAGUGUCUACGGUGGCACGAAAGCUGCCCUCGAGGCCAUGACACGGACAUGGUCCCGCGAGCUUGCUGAACGCGCAACCGUGAACUCAGUCAACCCUGGGCCAGUCGCUACCGACAUGUACGGUACCAAUGACGAAUCGUUCAUCAAUUUCAACCGGCCGUUCCUGCAAAGCACCCCCUUGGCCACACCCAGGAAGGAGUUUGAGGGCGACAAGACGGAGUACUACGGAUCUGUAGGCGGAAGACCAGCUUAUAGCGAAGAGGUAGCUGGCGUUGUCGGUAUGCUUUGCCUACCGGAAGCAGCAUGGACCACGGGCAGCGUGAUCUGCGCGAAUGGAGGCAUGAGGUUUAGUUUCUAG